AUGACGCAGUCCGAGGCGGAAGCUUCUGCGAGGUCUCCUGGGCAAAGUACCUCUGCAGACGUGGUCUCGUUUAAAAGUCUCAUAUACAGCAGGUACACCUUCAUAGGAAGAUGCCGUCUAAAUGGCAGUUUGGACGAAACGGACGAGUUCUGCUUGCUUCAGGGUGUGCAGCCGCUGAUAUGCAAAUCGCACUCAAUUUUGCUGGAAGCUCUGGAUCGCGGCGGAGCUGCCCUGGCAGACCUGGAAGGUCUCUGUACAGGGUUUGCUUCAAGCCUAGAUGACCUCUGUAGGCCACACCCGCCCGGCGAAGUUGGGACCCAGCAGAGUUUGUCUACUCAUGCAUCGGCGCCCUCUGACGCCGACUGCACGGCAUCUUCUGACGUGCGCACAGCCAAUGUAGACGACAGCGUCCGUUGUGAGUCUUCGCACUUCGACUGGGAGAAAGGCGCAUUGGAUGAGGCGUUUAACAGGGUUGCGCGUCGGAAUUCGUACAAUUUCAAGUCCCUGGCAAGCCGCUUCGACAAGCGUUUUUACGACUGUUUCCUGCACUGCGAAGGCAGCGAAAGCGAUAUUUUGCUGAAGGAUGGCGACGCAUUCCCUUUGCGCAUCGACGCUGAGGGUCUUUUGCGUCUGUGCAAGGAAACCCCGUCCAUCGGCACUGUAUGCGAAAACAUCCGGGGCUAUCGUGCGGAAUGCCGAUCCAAGCUGUCUCAACUGCACAAUGUAGAUACGCGAUUGGCGGGCCCUAGCGCUGCUCCGUCUGGAGACCCUCAGCCGUCGGUGCGUCUACCCGUGAGCUUCGAGAGGAUGAUUGUGAUGUUGAAAGCGAAGAUUUCCAGCCAAUCGGUAUUCGUCAACACCCGGUUGUGGCAAUUGGAAGAGCGGAGCAACGAUUACAUCUGUGGCCAGUUUUUGUCCCAUUUGAAGGAUUUACGAGAUGACGUGCUGCGUUGUCCCUGUGACUACAGCAAAUGGAUAAGGAUACUGAUCGCAAGCGAGCCUUUCACAGAGAUUGGCACUUCUGAAUCGUCGAGUUACGAUACCGUGUACCAGCAUUUGUGUGGCAUUUUGCAGUUUGCUUCUUCCAGCGGUUUCUCAAGCGUCUUCGAUUUGUGCAUCGACGUGAUGUUCUGCUUGUCCGUUCGCCACCCGAAUCCCUGCCAGACACUGGAAUGCUGCUUGAAUUACCUGAAAACAGUGGUGAUUCCUACGUUACCACAUCCCUGUGGCGACCCAACCACACCCAGGGCUGACAAUUCUGCCGUGUGGCUGCCUCGUUUGUCGGCAUCAUUCGAGUCACUAAUCGACCUGGAGUACCUGUCACUGCACCAUCCUUUGUUGAUGAACACCAGUGUCGGAGACAGCGAGGAUUCAUGCAAUCGCAUGUUUUCGACAUCGAUUACGAAGCUGGGUUGUUACGUCAUGCGUGUGGACGUCAGUAUCGACGAGGUCUCUGAUUCGUCAUCGAUUCACAAGCCGGCAUCGACGUCAAGCGUCUUCCGCAUCACCAUAAAGCAUUCGCAGAAGGACCCGCUUCCUGACAGCAGCGUGACCUUCGUUUCUGAUGGGCACCAUAUGAUGGUCUUCGACAGCGGCUUCGCCUUGCUUGACCUUCAUUCGCUGAAAAGUUACUCGAUCGAGUUUUUGUUCUCAAAUGGCAGUCUACUUGUGUAUCUGAAUGGCACCAGGUUCUACAUGCUGGAUUUGUGUGAAGCAUGGCAGCUGAACUUAUCGACAAGCGGGGACAUCGACAUCUCAAUUGCCGUCGACCCGAGUUGCGUUCACCUGGAGCAACCAUGGUCGCUGACCCCCGGUUUACGCAGCGAGAUGAUGCGGCGGCAGCUGGUGGGAUGCUGCGGCUUCCCGUUAGCUUCAUCCGGUGGAGCCAGCUUGCUGAAUUCGUUGUAUGAGCGGCACUUCUUUAUGGCGAAGGUGACGUCGAAUCUCCACAACAUGUUGUCUCGGAUAUUUCACAGCUUUAGAGGUCAUUCGUCGUCUGGAUUUACUUGGAGCCCCCAAUUUGUGCGUUACCUCCGGCUCUGGUUCGAAAUUUUGUUUUGCAACCUGGAGUGCAUAUCCAGCAUUUGCACAUACUUCACUUCAUCGGAGUCUGUCAACGCGUUAACCCUAUGGCGGCUGAUUUCUGAAACCAUCUUGUCGUGCCUGUCUGUGCUGCGGUUAUCGCUUUCGAUACCAACCGGUUCCGUCAAGCUACCGUCGGACUUGCUGGAGCUCGUGGCUUCCUGCUUCAUCGCUUGCGUCCGUUUUCGUUCAAUCAUAUCUGGCUGCAACGACACCGAUCGUUACCACCUGCAAUUCGACCUGGAUAGCCUGGCGAGUGCGAUUAACGUGACGGCUAUUUCUUUUAUCUCCGCGAGUCCUGACAUUUUUUCACAGAUAUUUUUGACGUUGCGUUUGGAGCUGUUGGUUGAUAUCUUGGUGCAUACGGUAUCGGUGGAACCGGUACCUGCCCAUGCAGAUGCCGAUGCAAGUGUUGGUAUCGACGCGUUGAAGUUUCUGAGUUCGGGCGACUGCAUUGCGAUAUUCACCAAGCGUGCCCUCUCGCAGAACAUGCCAGGCUUUCUCCGCGAAGGCGCCAAGUUCGUGGGAGACGUAGACAACCACUGGUGGAACACCAUCUUGAAGUUUUUGGAAUCUGGAAAAAGCCAUCUCCAGGAGAGCCGUAUUAGCGUAGACCCUGUUGGCGCGGCGUACUGUACAUGCGAACCUGUUAAAUACGGCGAUUCCGUCGCAAGCCCGUUUUUUACGUGUUGCUACGGCUGCAUACGUCGCUACUGUGAGCCUGACGACGAUAAGACGCGUGCCCCCAAUUACCAACCGCUCACUGGCAAUGCCGCUCUUUAUUCGUGCCCUCGGCCAUGCAUGCUUCUUUGUCGCCUUCUGUUGAAGCACGGUAUCUUGUUUCUCUGUUUGAACACAUCUGUAUCGUACAAAGAAGCCGGAUUGGAUCCCGUUGAUAGGUUCUGCAGCACAGUGGACAUGGAUUACCGGAAGACCUUUGAACGCUUCUGCGACUGGCGUGGCGACAUUCUGUACGGCCGCCUCGAUGGAUUGCUGAAAGUGGAUAACGCAAACACAUACUUCCGCCUGUUUAACAAGGAUGAUGUGUCUGUGUUGGAGUACAUUGUGCUUCGUCUGCUGCGCUACAGCGAGUUCGCAUACGGCUUGCUCUCGGAAAAUUUGGUGGAGGUAUCCUCGGAUCUGCUCAGCGAGUUCGGUUCUAGUGCCCACAAUUUCAUCAACACCCUCUCCACUGUUGACGCGCUAUCGUACAUGGUGGAGCUGUUUGAGUACAUGACAGUGGUUGAUGGAAACGCUUCUGUGGUUCAUCGGACAUUCGUCGCGUGCUCCAAUUUGCUACCCUCCAUUUUUCAGGUGCUGAUAUUGAUAAAGAGGUGCAUCAAGCGGUACUCCACCUUUUUCGAGGAAUUCAGCCUGUUCAUGAACUACGUGGUGCUCCAGUUCCACUCGUUGGUGUACCUGCUCGGCAAGGUCAUCACGUACAUGUACAAUCACUGCAAGCGCUACAGCAAGGAGCACCUGCUGUCCGUAGCAGACUUGGGCUCGCUGUACAAUGAGAUGUCGCGCAUCAAGGGUAUUGAGGAUCAGCGUGGCGUGGGCUUGCCUCAGUGGGUCCUAUAUGGCGCUUGGCUGGAGUUCGAUCGAUCCGACUUUUACAACGGGCUGAGGCGUUUAACAAUGCUGUUGCAAGACUUCCAUUACCGGUCGAGCCAUGCAAGCUUCACGGAGGACUUUAACAUUGGGCGUCCGCCUGUAUGUGAUGGCACAAGAUGGGCACUUGGGAUAUUGCGUGGUGAUGCUGCCUGCAUCGAUCGUCUGCGCCCCUAUUACCGCAGCUUACACCCAACCCUAGGCACUUGCCAAUUGAGCUUUGUGGCUGUUUUCAUUCACCUUUUGGGUGGCGAGAACAACACAGUUGAAUUCUGCACUAGGUCGGCAUCUCAAGCAGUGCUCCAGGUUCUGCGUCAGCUGCAAAACGUGCAGACGUUAUUCGCCACCAUGUCGGAUUUGGACCGUCUCCAGCAGAUUCGUGAGGGGUACUUGGAUGACAUCCGCAAGCGCUGCUUGUGGAUAGUGGAGAACACUCGUGGCGGCUUGUAUUACGUCAAGAACGAACCAUUGCAACGUCCAGAACGGACGUCGUCGGGUAUUACAUUUGACGAUGACGAUGCGCCCGCUCUGGCAGAUGGCGUGAAGCGCUGUUCCUCAAUUCCACAUCUAUUGCGUUCAUCGAAACGCGAUGCCCGGACUUUUGAGCGCGGGUUCUCCGACAUAUUUUUGAUGCGGCGCAAUGUCAACCGACCAUCGUCGGCUAAUCGGAGUUACAGCGUCGGUGCGGCUCAUUGCAGCCAUCCUGCGGUGAGCAACGAUCCGGAGGUGUUACGCGUUGACAUCCGUCCUCAUAUGGCUGAUGUGAUUGGCUUCCUGCUGUACGGACCAUCUGCUACUGUUUGCCAGAGCGACCUCCAGGCUGAGCGCUUGUCCAUUCUAUGCCGCUACUCGAUGUGGCGUUGUAUCAACGCCCUGAUCAGCCUCGUUGUUGACACACGUCUGCGCGAUAGUAAUGACGCUGAGAAGGAUCCUGAGACGUCUUCCUAUAUACGACCGCUACUGGUUCACAUGACCUCUUCGCCGUCUGAUGACAAGGUUCUGGUUUGUUCAGACGGCAUGCAUGCAGUAUUGAAGCUACUGUGGUACUGUAUAGUUAAAACCACCCGCUGCAUGGUCAUCCGCUCAGCGAGCGACAGCAUGGCUCCUACGGAAGGCGACUCAUCAGGGCUACGCAGCUCGUUUGACACAAUAUUGGAUCGGGCGCAAUCAUCGGUUUUGGAGAAAUUAUGCUCGUGGUACCUGUCGUCUGGAGUCUGCAACUUGAACUUCGCAAGUCGGUCAAGUGAGCACCUCCCCUGUUGGGUGCGCAUUUCGUUGCCCUUCUUUUCCCUCUUGUUUUCUCUGGGAUCGGAUCCGCUCAGCAACCCCCGCUACGCAACUCCCAUUUUCCAGCAAAUGCUUUCUAUCCUACAGCCCUUACGCCUCGGCCCCAAGGGCGCAGCCGAUCUGGAAUCCUAUCCCAGUACAACUGUGCGUUCGAUUGUCGUGUUGUUCGUCUCUUACAAAAUGCUGCGCAUGUGCCACGUCAGCGUCAACGCUGUGUUCCAAACGCUCUGGUCGUCCAAGUAUUCAAGGCGUGAUUUUAUCAAGGUAAGCAAAGGUUUGCUGUAUGUCUGGGUGAAGACAGCCUCCGACGUACAGCCCCCAAUAGAAAAGACUGAACUGAGUCUGCGGUUACUCUGGUCCCUGCCGUCGUUGGACCCUUGCACGGUGGAGAAUGAUUUGGAACCGUUGAACGCCAUAAUCCGCGACUUAACCUCUCGCGAGGUUACCGAAACUCCUGAAGCUACCGAUCCGGCUGAGUUGAUCAUGUGGCAUAUGUACCCACGCAUGGACAGUGACAUUGUGGAUGUCUCAUUCAUCGACAAGCACGUGAGCAACGUGACUUCCGACGUGGAUGUUUGCGACAUCACUAUCCCGAUAUAUAUCAAUGUCACUUUGAAGCAUGAGAAUGCAGCGCUACGUGACGUAGACCUGAGUGUGCUUCAGCAUCUAGGAGGUAAGCUGGAGGUGGAGAGUGGUGGUGGAGUCUGGUCUCAGUUGAAUGGCGGUGAGCACACCAACAACGUACACCCAAUGCGAGUUCAUUUACACUACCUGCUACGUGUUUUGAUCUGGAUGGCAUUUGCGUCAAACCCCCAUGGCUAUAAUACGGAUGUCAGUAAUGUGGAAAUAUCGUAUUGUCUGUGCCGCCUGUUGCUGCGCUCCUUGCGUGAAGUGGCUGCCAUGCUGGUUCUGUUCAACGCACAGUGUGCCUGCACUCUGAAGUCGAAGGAACGCAACGACCACGUGUCGUUCCGUUAUAUUCCGAGCAACAUUGACGGCGAAUCCGCUUCAAUAUCCGUUGAGGGCAUGAUAUCGAGCGCAUGUAACAAGUGCACCACCAACCUGGUCUGCCGUGCCGAGAUCGAGACAUUUUGGGUGUCAAUCCUGACCAUCUUGACAAAGGAAAUCGACUCGACAUCUCACUAUCGUAUGGUGAACUACUUGCUGAAUUGUCUGCUGACGACCUUCACUUUGGGCGAUGAAGAAAUAGACGUGCUCCUGUCUUCCCCUAAUUUGGGACCUGCCUUUUGCGAGUUGUUUGUAUCUUGCACCCGAAAACUGGGGCAAGAACACUUGUGUGACUCAGAUUACAUCAUAAGCACCGCUGAUGCGGCUUUCGCAAAUCUGGUGUCGCCUACUUUGCACGGGAUGUUUCUUUACCGCUGGCUGCCCCCGCUACAACGUGCUCCGCAGGAGUGCCUCUAUUCAUCGACUUCCGAGUUGUUCCAGAGCGUCUUGGUCACACAGGGCUACCGGCGUGGCAUACGCGUGGUGAGCGAUUCUAGCAGUGAUCCGUUUUCUACCCUUCCCCACUCGGAGAACUUCGUGACCCAUCGCGCAUCUGCAGAUUUUGAGGCGGAUAUCAGCGGCCACACUCUGCACAUAACUCGGGCACAGAACAUGGGAGGGAUAGUGUUGUUCCGCAUUCCCAUAAACAUGGGUUCUACCACCUCCAUGCAGGGCAGUGUGAACUUUUUCAUUUUAUCGCCUGGUCGUUUCGGCAUCACGGUUGCACCCGCAGAUUGCGUGUUCGGCUCGGUCAUUGACCUCUUCGACCGCAACGAUGUCGUCGGCUUCAUGACCUCCCUCUGUCCCCCCUUUGUGCAUGAUGUAUUUGCGGCAACCAUCAACUAUAGGGUUGGCGACGUGUUGUCCGCAUCAUUCAACGUUGAGAGACAGGAGGAUGGCCAAGUGUGCCUUCGUACGGAACUGUUGAUCGCCGGAAACAGUAUAGGUUCAGUGUUGGAGGUUGUUUACGACCCUGCGACUCAAAACGAGCCGAUGCGUCGUAUGAGUUUGGUGUUCAUAUUCCAGGAUCCGCAGACCAUUGUGUACAACGGUUUGAACGAGAACUCAGCCGCCGAAAGCGGACGUUUGGUGAGCAGAGAGACUUUGAGCACAUUCCGCAGUGACACGGCAUCUGACCAGCCCGUCGAGUUCCCAGUUUAUGGUGGUGGUGAAAACGGUGAGAUGCCAACGCCUCCCGGAGGCAGCGGCCGUCGGCUACCUGUGCGGCUGCCUUCCACCGUUACCGCUCUUCCUCGUGGUUCUGGACGUAAUGUGGUUGGCCGGGGGGACCGUGUUGAACGCAUAGAAAGCAGCGAUCGUGGUGUCACGUCUGAGGAUGCAUUUAGCGUCAGCUCUGACGAUCAGCGCGAUUACGAUGACAUAUCCGUGGAGCACUUCCCCUCGCUAGAGAAAUUCACGCAUACCGACUGGGACACCAACUAUGACUUAAGGGCCCCCGACGAAGUAGAGAUUGUACCGGUGCCCGAGGAUGCUUUGCGCCUGUGCAAGGACGAAAUUUGGGAGGAUAUAGUGAGCCAUCGCGGCGCUAUGACAUCCGCGAAAUCGGCAAUAAUGUUCUCGGAGUCCGUUCAGUUGUAUCAGGCGAUCCUAACAACCAACAUCCCGCUCCUCAGCGGGGUGAAGGAAGAGGUAGUUGGGCAACUGUGCAUGUCUUUCGAGACAUUGUGUUGUAAACUCCAAGCAUCGCGGGAUUUGGGUGACUUUGAGAGGGCUUCGUUGCGUGAAUGCUACAGUUGGUUAUGUGUAUUGGGCUGCGACGUCGAUUCUGGCGCGUGGAAGAAAAAGGUUUUCACUCGUGAUUCGAAGUGCGAGAAGGUUUCCGACUUCAGCCUCCCUUGGUUGCUGGGUUCGUCUUCUACUUUGCGAUCAUGCUGCUCCAAGUUGAGCAGCGACAGCUGCCGUAAGCUGCUGGCAUCGCUCGCGGAAAUUCUAUCGGUACCAUGCAUCGCCUCUGCUGUUAUGCACGUUCGCAACACGGAUUCGUGUUUGCGUUUCGUGCCGUUUUCGGAAUCUAAAACCAUGUUCCCAACCCAGUCACUGCUGUUGGCUUUUGGCGCCGCAUGCCUGCUGUGCUGUGUGUUGCUGGCCCGUGUCUUGUGCGAGAAGGGUAUCAAGUACGAAUGUGGUGAUAACAUGGAAUCCGAAACGGCGUGCAUCGACCAGUUGGUGUGCUUCAUUAUGGCGUUUCUGGGUAUUCCGGACACGUCUGAGUCAAAGAUCGGUAAGGACCGGGUGCUAAGCCUGCUGUCUCUCUUGGGCAUUGAAACGUGUGACAUAGAUGACGAUAGUUCAGCUGGUUCAUCAGGCCGUGAGGAAGAAUUCGGGGAUGAUUCGGUUAAUUCGAGCGAGAUUUCCUUGACACCUCGAGAUCCCUUUGAAUACAUUGCACCGGAUCAGUUCUGGAACCUGGUGUACGACGCAGUGCAUUCACAGCGCCUUGCCGAACAGACCGUGCGGGUGCUAGAUGGCCACAAGGUCCCAGACCUAGCUCCCAACACAAAGAUGUUUUCGACGUGUGACUACAGCUACCACUGCAGCGCCCGUGUGCCCUCCGCCAGUCGGCACACCUUGCGCCGCACGCUGCGCCCCAAUAUCCUAGAACACAACGUUUUCGACCUCGCCGGUGUGUUGGUAUCGCUGUGUCCGGAGUAUUUCGUAUGCCGUUUAGUGGAGUUUGAACAGGACAAGGGUCUUCAGGUCUUCCGUGCUACCAUCAAGCACUUCGUCAGAAGUUACGACUUCAGCAGCGUUGACUACUGGAGUUGGGGCUACAUGGCGGGUUCAGUGAGCGUGUCUUGCAUGGACCAGUACUCUUUCAGCGUCGACCCUCUGUACGGUUGGCAGCGCUUGUUCUACAUGGAGGAGAAUCCCGACAGGCUGAACGAGAUGCUGAACGUGUUGUUCACCGAGCUUAUGUACUGCAUAGCGAUGUUAAUUCACGACCAUCGUGCUAACCACGGUUUGGCUCACGUCGUCCACUGGAUUUUGGAUGGAUUCUUGCGUCAUCCCCUGUGCAGCGGCUUGAUUCGCAAGCGCUUCUUGACCAACUACGUAUGGUCAGUGAUCCACACGCUGUUGGUGAACUGUUCCGCCUUACCAUGCAAGCUUGCGGUGGUAGCUUCGCGAUUAUCGGCUUGGAUGAUUCCCACAGCAACUCCGGCCCAGCUCAGCCAUAUAUUCAUGGUGACACAGUACUGCGGUACGAGCGCUCUUCACCGCGUGACGGGAUUGUGCAACUUUUACAACAUCCUGGAUCUGGAUACUUUUACCAACAUCGAGAUGAAGCGGCAGGACCAUGCCGCCAAGCUUGCAAGUGCCGUUCUGGUGCACCUGUUUGCCUCUACGUUGGCCAUGUUGCUGGAGAAGGGAUGCGACCCCGUCUUUGAGCCCGAUGAUAUUUUGAGCAUUGCGCACUACAUGAUGAUCGGCAAAAGCUCCACAAUAUAUUCUGAAAAGUUCAUGCGGUCUAUUCUGGGCAUUCCGCAGGAUUUGGUUCUGCAGGCGUGCAUUCCCCCUCAUUAUCGGUUAUCGGGGGGAUCGACCAAGAUGACCAGGACGUUCAUCACCACACGCAGGUCCAAGAGUCUAUCGCUGACCCUUCGGCUGAAGCGCAUUUGCCGAGUGGUUCUGUGCGUCGACCGUGAUUGCACCCGUAUAAUUUCGGAGACCGUGCUGUACCCCGACAUUUGCAUGCGUGUGCAUAGCGGCCAGCCGUUGUACGUGGACUGCGGUGACCCGCUACCGUUCGACCUCCUGCGCCAGAGAUGCUGUAUCCCUGCGGUGAUAGUCUAUCGUGGCGUGAGCGAACGGUGCAAGGAGGCGGUGUUCCGUAUCGGUUUUGCGGCGAGGGGGAUUCGUGAAGUGACCUCGCCCUCGAGCAAGGUCCACUUCGAGGAUGGCUUUUUGUACCUCGAAGUGGUCGGUGGGCUGGAGAUAUCGCAAGUUGUGGUAAGCGACGAAAUCAUUUGGCACUACGGCCGCACUACCGUUUGCUUGAAGCUGCCGAGUUCGGUGGAGCUUUUGAAGCCUUACAUCGCAGUGUCGCAUCCUGCGGACCCGUCUUAUCAUGAGGACGUCAUAGUGGUGCGCAAUACGGCAUCCCUGCCUGUUGGUUCGCUGUGCUAUUAUGUCGCCUCGCAAUUAAAGCCCUCUCUUACCUCGUUUCCGGGAUAUAUGCGGCUGAACGUGCCUUUUAGGUCUGGGAUAUCGCUGAGCAACGUGACACCCCAAAGCGACUGCGAAAAUGCUAUUCAUUUGAAUACACGUAGUGACACAAGUAUUGUAGACGUUCCCGGAGUGACCGACCUGGGGGCCAUGUGCUCUCACAUGGCUCUCCCUUUCGACGUAUCGGUUAAGGUGCUUUCGGGGCGACCUGAUUUUUUCGUCGGUCUUGAGUGGUUCGGCUUGCGUUUCCUGUGGUUUGCCAAUGGAAUUGUUCAGUGCCCUGUGGAUCCGCCACUUUUCAGGUCGGAUUCUAUCCGUACAUCCCGGGUUUCGGUAUCUGGCAGUGGCUUUGCGAAAGACGAUGUGGUGGGAUUACGGUUCUCUCCGGAUGAGUGCAUUCUGCACUUCAUCGUCAACGACAAAGUCGCCAUGGUACUUGACUUCCGCAAGUUCUACGAGCCAUAUUUGUCCCCGCAUACGAUAAAAGAGCCAGCCGCAUCGGGGAGCAACUUGGGAGAGUCUAGUUUGUCGGUGCUGCAGAACAGUCUGUUCAAUGCGAUCAUUUCUGAUGACAUUUCAACGGUUCGUGGCCUUGUUUACUUCGUAACUGGUGAAACUGUUGCGAAGAACUUCCGAGUUUCGCUGUUGGAGACAUGUCUGUCCGAGACGCAAUCCCCAGAAUCACACCGUAAACCGUACGACCAGUACAAUGCAGUAUACUUAUGUUGUCUCUUGAACCGGCUGGACAUCCUUCGGUGCAUUUCGGUGAUCCGCGAUGCCAACUUUGACUGCCGGAGCGGCCCGUCGUACGAAAGCCCUCUCAUGGCUGCUGCGAAGAACGGUUGUACGGCGGUGAUUCCGUAUCUACUGAGCAUACUGGGGGCCGAGGUCAACGGCCGCGAUCGCUUCGGCAAUACUGCGUUGAUACAUGCGCUCGUCGAUAUGGACUCCGCGCCUUUGGGUAGACGGUGCAGUAGCAUCCUCGAGACUGUGGAUAUGCUGGUGACCUUCGGAGCGGAUGUCCAGGUUCGCAAUAAUGCGGGCUGCGGCAUCCUCGACCUGUUCCCAUCAAGGCACAGUGAUCGACAGGAUAUCGGCAAAUACUUGAUCGAACGCUACAACUUGAGGAGGUUCUUCGGUCCCAAUUACUGCAAGUCACAUCGUGCAUGGCCCGGUCUGCUGGGAGGCAGCGAGUUCGUCUGCGGUGUUGGCAACGGCGAGUUGUUUGACGUCGGCGAUGUGGAAUUGAGUGCGGUUACAAUCGACGGGAGCAACUUUAUGGUCGAUCAUGCUGCUGACGUUGACAAGUCCUACGAUUUCGGCGAGCGAGUGGCGAUAUCCCGGGGUCCCAACAUGGACCACCUGGAAUCGAUCCUGGAGAAGAUGCGUAAGGCUCUGCUGCUGCUUACAACGAACCUUAACGAUCCGGACGCGUCAGAACCACUUCACCUGAAGUCCGUGGUACAUUUAAAUCAUGGCAACAGUUUGGCUAACGACAUCUCUACCGUCUUGCGCGGCUUCGUGCAUGAUUUGAAGUCGUACAACAAUUGGUCGAAAAGCCGCGUCCUGUGCGCCUUCGUGCGUCUAGCAACCGACUACUGCAACCAGGUAUGUGGCUUGCUGAGUGACAGUGCAGUGGUGCUGAGCCUGCUGAACUUCGAGCGGUGCGUGAGCGAGCUGCGCCUCUUCCCCCGUGCGGACAUAUCGCCUCUGACGACUCUCCAGAUAUACCGCGGUGUUUUCCAAGGCUGCAAUGUGUUCCAUUGCGACUACUCAUUGUACUCGCAAGACUACAUGGCAGCCUCGUGUUUGGAUCGUUUGUCGCGUUACCUGGAUACAUUCCGGAGCCGCCGACCCACCACCUUGGACUUCAGCGGUCUGGAGCUUCCUAGUUACUGCCGCGAGCGCAUAGACGUAAGCAUACGAUGUCAUUCGUAUGCAUUUGACCGCCUACGAUCAAGCCUGAAUCGGGAUGUGACCACGGAUAUCGAUUUUGCUCUCCACUGCGUGGCCGACCUGCUAAACAGUGCUCCCGCUACCAAGCAGAUGAUCACUGCGAUGGUGAUGCAGUGCCAAUCGCGUCUAGAGUUGCAAAGCCGUCUGCCGCCGCUCGACUCGCCCCUCUGGAACGGUAUCUACACAACAGUGGACCAUCUGCUGGAGUGCCUAAUGAAGUUGAAGGAUAUUGUACGGAACCGCCUAUCUCGCGAGCACUUGGACGAGGUCGACAUAUUCAUGCUUCUGCAGCAUCUGGCUAAAGUGCUGGAUGACAGUGUUCUGCGGGACUACAUCCUUAACUCCAACGCGGGUUCAGACACGACCUCCACAUUGCGCGCCGUUGUCGACAAAUUGCAAAUUGGCGACGUGCGUAACGCACCGAACGAUAACGGUAUGCGCAUCAUCAGCUACUCUACCAUGCACCAUGAGUCCAUGGCAGGUCGUCGAGCGGAGUUUGGAACACGUCGUGGCUUUGAAGUGGGGGAUUGCGUGAUAGCCGCUUGCUGUUACAUGCUGGUGAGCGACCGGAUGUUGCUUCUGGAUCAUGUCAAUGAGACCUUCAAGCUGCUGGCACCGAUAGUCGGCACUGUUCUGAACCAGCCUCAGGUGGAGUACCUUCCGCUGGAGCACCAGCUGUUGCCUACUUACGACUCGUUUGUGAGCGCGCCACCAUGCUGGCAUUCGAGCACGCUGGUCAUGAAGAAGAACGUAAACGUGAAAGGGCGACAACCCGUUGCACGUGAUGAGUUUGGGGUCAGCUUGGGUCCUCCCGAUAUCCCCGUGCAUUGGAGCACGUACCUGGGCAACCGUCGUCUGAUCCGUCGGUCCGUGAUCAACGACAUGUACAGCAAGAUCUUCCUGUCUCUGCAGAGCCUGAACCGCGAGCGCCCGUACUUCUCGAUUCGCGUCGAUCGCGGCAUAGCUGCGACAGCGUCGUCCUUGAAGCACACCUUGUGGUUCCAAAGCUGCUCGCAGAUUCUAAACUGCAACCCGAACAUCUUGCGCGCCCGCAACAACCAGCGUCCGUUCAUGGUUGUGUUCCGAGGCGAAGGCGCUACCGAUUUUGGUGGUCCUUUCCAGGAGCUGCUGAGCUCCAUAUCGAACGAGGUCAUGUCGCCGCUGACCUUGGAAUCACGUUUGAGCAAAAAGGGUCAUUUCGGCUGCGUGCGCUGCCCGAACACGAUCCACUCGCACGGAUUGUUCCAGGAUACGGUGAUGCUGAAGUUCAACUCCCCCAUCCACCCUAUGCUGCGUCUGCUGAAGAGCGAGUCCCCGGAGCCUUUCAAGGUAUCCGUUCAUUGCGGCGACCUCGGCAUCAGCUGUACCACGGGAUGCUGCAGCGUUGCCAACCCCAUUUCAGUGGUUGACGAACCUGCGGAUGAGCUGUCGUUCCGCGAAAACUGCCAGUGCGGAGGCAGCGAGUGUUACGACGAGCACUGCGUGCAGGGCCUGCCUAUGGAGCUGGCGAUGUACGAGUCGCUGGGCCGUCUGUUCGCGAUGUGCGCGUGCAUGAUGAACCCGCUGAAUGUCGCCCUCAACCCUAUGAUAUGGAAGAAGCUGCUGGCGGCAAACCUCAGCCUAAAGGACCUGGCAGAAUGCGACAAGCUGUCAAGUGACCUUCUUUACAGACUACGCCGUGGAGGCGGCUCCAGCACGCUGAUGAACGACUUGACGUUCAGCUUGGAGUCGAACGAUGGGCGUGUUACCGAGCUGCUGCAGGACGGUUCGAACAUCAGCGUGACCGCGGAGAACGUGGACCUCUUCGUCCGCCUGGCCACCCACUUCCGUUUGACCCAGUGCGACGUUUCGUGCACGUGGCUAGCGCGCGGAUUCAACGCGGUGCUGCCAAUCGGCCGUUUCCGCAUGCUGCUUGACCACAAGCUGCUGGAGUUCAUGGUUUGCGGCGACCCCCGCAUCGACCUGGAGGUACUGCGCGCCCACACAGUAUCCUCCUCACCACAGCUGAAGCGGGACCUGUUCGACGUGCUGGCGAACUUCGACAACGCCAAAAUGCAGCUGUUCCUCCGCUUCGUCAGCGGCCGGUCGCGCCUGCCCCCGGCGCAGUCCGAGUGGAGCCUCUACGUGGAGUACGAGCAAUUAAAGGACGAUGUUGACAACUGCGACAACCGGUUGCCCACAGCGGCGACAUGCAGCUUCCGACUGCUCGUGCCGAAGUACUCGAGCAAAGAGAUCAUGCUCCAGCGGCUGUCUUACGCCAUCCACCACUGCAUGGCGAUAGACCUGGACGCAUACCAGGUGCACGAUGAGAUGCACCUGAACUCCUCAUAA